AUGCCCCGAACAUACUAUUCUGACUCUGAGGACGAAUAUGUGUUGAUGCCAGUGCGCAGUCAUGCGGGCAGUGAGUACAGGGGACGACGGCGACCAGCAAGAGUUGUCGACCAUGUCCAGCCAGAAGAGGUGGUGAUCAAUAAUCAUUUGGUCGUGCCAGGCGCAGCUCGUCCUCGCGCAUCCAGCACAGGGGGUGGACCAGCUCACACAACCAUCAACAUCGCCACCUCAGAUCGCGGGCAUAGCCGUAGCCGCAGCCGACACCGGUACGAAAGCCGAUCCUCGAGUUCGGAUUACCACAGUGGCCGAUCGAGGUCUCGACAUCGAAACCGACGGCCUGAGCGAGGAAGCAAAGUGUACGAGGACGAUUUGGCCUACAGCCUGCGCAGAGAACUCGAUCUAGCACGCGACCGACGAGACGAAGACAAGAGCAAGAGAGAGCGCGAGGACGAGAGGAGGAGAUGGCGGAUAGAGGAGGAGGAAAAGAAGCUGAAAAGGCAGAAAGAAAGGGAGACCAUAUUGUUAGAGGCUAAGCUUGAAGAAGAGAAAAAGAAGAAGGCCGAGAAGGAGCUGCGGGAGCGAAUUCUCAAGGACGAAGAAGACCGGCAGAAAAAGGAGAAGGAGAAGAAGAAAGCUGAGGAGGAGGAGUUCGAGAGGAAAGUCAAGGAGAAGUUCAUGAAUGCCGGCUACAGUCCCGAGUACGUUGAGGAGAUCUUGCACAAGAAGAAGCAGGAGAGAGCUAGCUCGGCGCUGGCCAUCGAUCUACACCGCCCAACGUUCAUCAAGGUGAAUCGAAAGUACUUGCAUCCGGAUACGUUGGACUAUUAUGGUUUGCCUUGGGAAUGGGAUUCGCGUGACACCGAAUACAUCAUCAUCAAGAAGUACAUCGACAAUACUUUCCAGGACGAAUUGUUCGAGCAUACGCGCCGAUUGAAGGAGCGGAAACUUAUUACAGGGCCGUACGUGAAAGAGACCAAGACGAUUACGACGCUGACGCCGAAUGACCACUCCUAUGUGAAGAAGGGGGACAAGAUGUACAUUGUUAGGGAGAAGAGUAAGAGUCCGGGUCGCAGUGCUAGUCACAGUCGGAGGAGUAGUUGGAUGUUUUCGUAG